GUGAUUCUUACUCGAUACGAACCAUUAAAGCUCGAGUCCAGCGUGCUUUUUGUGUUCAGCAGAAGCAGAAGCCAUGGAUUUCUCGUCUCUCACAGACGCUUUAUCGUCCCAAAAUUAUGCCAAGAUCCCUGAUAUUUGCGAGACUCUCAUGCUUCAGGUUGCUGCUCAGGGCAUUGCGUUCCAAGAUGAUUGGCCGUACGCGAUUCAUCUUCUAGGGCACAUUUAUGUUAAUGACAUUAAUAGUGCACGUUUCCUGUGGAAAACUAUUCCGGUUGCAAUAAAGGAGAGCCGACCGGAGGUGACGGCAGCUUGGAAAAUCGGUCAGAAUCUCUGGACGAGGGACUAUGCGGGUGUUCACGAUGCUAUUCACGAGUUUAAUUGGAGUCCUGAGGCUCAUUGUAUUGUCGCCGCCUUCUCAGAACUUUACACUAAAAGAAUGUUUGACCUCCUGGUUUCUGCAUAUUCAACGAUAAGCAUACAAGAUGCAGCGCUUUUCCUAGGAAUGAACGAGGAUGAUGCUACAAACUAUGUGCUCCAACACGGUUGGAUUGUUGAUGCCAAUUCUCGGAUGCUGACUGUAAAGAGGCAGGCAGUUGCAGCAGAGCAGAAACUAGAUCCCAGUAAAUUGCAGCGCUUGACAGAAUAUGUCUUCCACCUUGAACACUGAUUUCAACCGUCUAGAAUCUGUCAGAGCACAUCCUCCCGGUAGUUAUCUCAUUCCAAUUGAGUUUACUGGAAGGUGUUUGGUGAAGAAUGACAAGUCCUUGGUUUUUGUUUGCCAAUACAUAAAGGGUGUGACUAAUAUCUUGUUAUUUUAACUCGGAUGGUGUUGUUGAAGUCGAUCUUGGGUUUUCUUGCAGAUAGUGGUGAAGACCACUAAAGGGUGGGCCAUAAUUUUUGGGGGUGUUAUCUUAUAUUUUUCUCAGCUACCUUGUGUCUUAUCGUUGAUUUUAGUAGAUCUCUACCCUCUACAGAUGGAGCUUUUGAAAUGACCAGUUUGAUCUUCAUGUGCCAGAACGAUGAAUCCUUGAAAUAUUUGGCGGCCUGGUAUAGAAUAUCAACCAAAAAAAAAAAAAAGCACAUUUUCAUGAUGGUGAUGAAAGAGAGAGAACGACCAGGCAACUAGUACGUGAUACAUGUUUGGAAACGACGGAACUCUUAAUUUGAAGCUUUUUGUUUGUGGCCUUGCGAGCGCUUUCUUGUUUUGGGCGAGCCAUAGGCACAAUUUAGGAUUAGUUAUUAUUCAGAAAAUUGUUAGUUUAAGCAAUCAAUUCAUUUUCUUGAGCCGUGUCCUUUGAUAUUUUUAUUUUAUUUUAUUGGUAUGGUUGCGGUCAUAUUUUCUC